GGUCAUUAAAAAAAAAAAAACCUAUUAACAGGGAAAAUAUUAUUAUUCGUUUGAGAAAAUAACAUUGUAACACCAUUGCUAUCGAAAUAAUAAAUAUAAUAUUAUUAUUAUUAUCACGGUCGUAUACAUUACAAUAUAAACGAAUUGUUAUUGAAACCGUCGUGGGUUCCGUUGUUUGAUCUUUUGUGUCGUUUCUCGUUGCUGUUGACGCCGCCGUCGUCAGUGCAACUUACAAAAUCAGACAGUCGCCGGCCAGACGACGUACCCCCUCCCGACUUUUGGAGAACUGGACGCCGGGCUGUUCUCACUUGGAUCUCAAAAAACUCGGACCACAAACUAGUCUUAAGUCAACACAAUAUUCAAUUGUGCAACGGCAAUCUUAUAGUGCAAAUUUGAGGUCUUUAGACUUCAUAAUUCUUCCGUAAUGGAAUGGAAGAAUAAUGUGUCAGACGGAAAAAUUAAUAAAGCCAAUGGGAGUCAGAACAGAAGAACUUCUGGUGGUAACAAAAAAGCAAACGACACUGUAGAGUAUUUUGGAACCUCUCAGAAAACGAAAUCCAAGCGAAAGCCAAAGAAAGAGGGCAAAAUGAUCAAUAUCGAAGAGUUUGUUUGCACCUACGGCUCGGGCAAUAGCGUUGCUAAUUCGGAGCCGAUUAAAGCUGCUGCAACAUUUCCCGUUACAACUAACGCUUGGGCGCGUAAAAAAGGAUCUGAGUUGUUUGCCAAAGCUAAGGACGACAACGAAGAAGAGAAAAUGUUAAAAAUGGCAAUUGCUGAGAGCAUUAAAAGUGCCGAGGAACAUUCUCGUAUCAAAGACUCCUCUACGUGGAAAAAUGACCAAGAUGUCGCUAUUGGAUCGGACGAUUUGGUGUUCCAGAAGAAACAUAAUUCCCAAAAUAAGAAGAAUUCCAGAGGACCUAAAGAAAAUAGGUCCAUAAACUGCUGGAAUAAUAGUUCAUUUGGUAAAGAAACGGAUGAUUAUGGUUUUGCUUCAGAACAUGCUAAGACAAAUAAAACUCCCAAAGUCGGAACACUCUGGGAAGAUGAGUCUAAAACUAACAGAUCUAAAGAGCGCAAGGACUCUAAAAAUAAGUCUAAACAUGUCCUAAAAGACAAACCUAAGGAGAUUAAAUCUUCGCCUACUGAUAGUCCAUUAAAACCUGAGAAAAAGCUCAGACAACGAGGUGAUUGGAAAGAAACUUUUAUCAAAGACAAUUACCAGCCAGAGAGGAAUGUUAGAUCAAAUGACAUCGAUGAUCAAAGACCUCAACCUCAAGCCCAUGACUGGAGUGUUCUCACAUCGGGUUGGAACAAACCGGAGGAGAAAAAAGAAGAAAAGAAGCCGUCUAACAUGUGGAAUGGCGACAUGGGUUUGAAUGUGACCAAAAAUAAGUGGGAAUCGUCCAAUUGGUCAUCUGAACCGGCCAAAACUGAAUCCGUAGACAUUUGGAGUAGCGAUCGGCCCAAAAGCAAUGCGGUGGUUUGGAAUGACUCGAUCGAGACCAAAAAAGAUGUUAUCGAUGAAAAACUCGUUCAUCCUGAACGGACUGAAAUUAAGUCUUCCGUGUUUGGCUUGGCCGAUUCUUGGGCGCCAAUUACCACCCAGAUAAAAGAACCAACCAAGCCAACGGUCGAAAGUCCUAAAUUUGUUGAUAAAAAACCACUGCCGGCUCCUGAUUUUAACAGGUACUUGCUGGAGGCGCUUAGUCAGAGUACUUCUUACGCGGUACCGCCACACACAGAACCACAAAUAUCUCAACCCAACACGGACAACUUGUACACUAACUUGGAGUCUGUAUUGCCGAAAACGUCCAGUUCGGUGUUAGAAACAAACAACUCGCCCGAGUUCCUGUCCAACUUACAUUUUCUGGCUAAUAUGACCCAAAUAUGCGAUAGGUUGGGUCUUAAUAAUAAACAACUACUUUCGGACUUGCCAGUUGGUGCAACCAAUAGUAACGUUGAAUCGGAUCUGCUUCAACAACCGCCUACGUUGAAUCAGAUACAACAAAAUCUAAACUGGAACCAAAAGACCAAUCAUAAGGUUUACCCGCCGUUCCAGCCUGUGUUGCAACAACAGUCUGAUUUCAUGAUGCCUAAUCAGUUGUUGCAGACGCAACAGCCGCAGCAACAACCGCAUCAGCAACAGCAACAACAGCAGCAGCAGCAUCAUCAUCAGCAGCAGCACCAGCACCACCAUCCGCAUCAGCAGCAACAGCAACAACAACAACAGCAGCAGCAACAACAACCACCACCCCCACCAUUCAUGCCUACCAAUUCAAACAACUUUAACCCUCCCAGCAACAAUGCUUUCCCGGCAUUAAAUUUAGAUUUAAACCCCCCAUUCAAUAAUCUCAUCUAUCCUAACCCGCUGGUGCCUCCGCCCAAUGGUCUGUUUCCGUAUCAACACCAGACGAACAUCGAAAGGUUAGCCAAUCUGUCUUUAACACAGGACAAGGUGAACUAUCCCAUGUAUAAUAUGGUUCAGGACAAACAGACACGUCCGAAUGACGCAUAUACCAAUGUCCGAGAACCGUUGAAACAGUCCAAACCAAUACAACAAAAUAUGUUUGUACCCAACGCGUUGCCCAAUUCGUACAAUUUUGAGCCCACGCCGCCGUUGUUUCCUGCCAACUUGUUCUAUGCACAGAUGCCUCAGGACGUUAACUAUAUGCAGCCAAACCAGCAGCAAUUCCAUAAUUUCAAGGACCAAAAUGUGCCGCACAUGUUUGGAAACCAGAAACUUGAGCAUCAAGUGCUCAGGGACAAAAUGUUGAACGUGGGCAAUCCGUAUUUAAAAGAUUAAUAUGUAGUCUUAUCACAUAACGUAAUAAUACGUCGUCUAGUCAAUGGAAAUACUUAGGUUUCGAUACCUCGGUAGCAUUGAACCCCAUGUAUUGUGUAAGGUACAGUGUUUAAUUUUCGCUUUAUUUUUUUUCCCACCAAUUUCUCCUAGAGUGUGUGUUUUUUUUCGGCAAUAAAUACUUUGGACCCAUUAA